UGUGAGUAGGAGUACUCGAGAAUUAAAUCAGCUUGUUGAUUCCACAUUAAGGGUGGUUAACCACAACCAUCCCUACCACGAAAUAUGCCCCAAGUACCAGUACCGUGACGUUUCUUCCACGUGACGCCCGGCGUUACAGGGGCGAUCAACUUUAACACUGCGACAACCCCUUCAAAUGCCUCGGCGCGUCCUUCGCGGCCACGUGUGCCCUCGUCCUGCCUCUCUAAAAUGUAUUGCUGUGAUUAUAUUUAUUUUUCUUUAGCUGGGAAAGUGUUCAUUAGUAAUUCUAUUGAGUCUAGUGCUUGCAAAUAGUGCUAAAAUUAUUUUUUAUCUUAUAAAAUAGUGUUUGUUUACUAUAAAUUCACUCAAGUGAAAGUUAAAUCGAUUUUUGUGGCUGAAAAUGAUUCGUAAAAUAUUUUUAUUUGUUAAUUUAAUGUGAAAUUUAAUUUUUACGGUGGGAUUUAAAAUACGCCGAUAUGUUUUGGAAGUUAAAAGAAUAUUUUUAAAAUUAUUUUACAAUUGCAGAAUGCCCUUAGAAAUAUGGAUGAAAAUAUGGCUAUACAUGAACUUGGUCCUAAUAGGGACAAAAAGCGCGCGACCAAGAUUCGAUACAUCAACAGAUAUGGGAAAUGUUCUCGUCCCAGCGGACGCAGAAAUAGACUCGGUAAUUUACCGCUUACGCGCCACUGAUCAGGAUGUUGAUUUUCCUCUAGUAUUCGAAAUAACAGCGACAGUAACACCAGUAGUUAGGAUAGAAAAUUUACCUUGCACUCUUUACAACAAAGUUUGCCAAGCAAACGUAAUUUUAACAAGACGCUUGACCGCUGGACGUCUUCACGAUUUCGCAGUCAGAGUACGAGACUCAAAAGGUGAUUCAAACUCGAUGCAGGCUACUAUUUCCGUGACGAAUGCAACUACACCACGCGAUAAAAUAUUUCCGCAUAUACCCGCGCUUAUUAUGGUUCCAGAGGAUGCCAAGCCUGGCAAGGAACUUGAUUAUAUUUUAGUUCGCUCGAACCCGUGGAUCGGAAAGCCUGUUUACAUUGAAUUGUGGCAACCCAAAGAAUUAUUCACGAUAAGACAGCGGCAAGAUUCUAGUAACACUAGAGGAGUUAUUACGUUGAUAGGGGAGCUGGAUUUUGAAACUCAGUCGAUGUAUACUUUGACCAUAUAUGCAACGGAUCCAUACACAGAACGGCAAAGAGAUACAAGAAAUAUCGCAGGUCUACAUUUGAUAGUAAUUGUCCAGGAUGUCCAGGACGUGCCUCCGAUAUUUACUUUAGCGCCGCCUCUAACAAAAAUAAACAAAACUGUCCAACCUGGCGACGUUAUUCUGAGGGUUCACGCGGAGGACGGUGACAAAGGAGUUCCCCGCGAAAUAACUUACGGCUUAGUGUCAGAGGGGAAUCCAUUCACGCCUUUUUUCAACGUCACUGAGUCAACCGGAGAAAUUAUUCUAGCUCGCCCGCUGGAGGAGCUCACACAAAUAACGCACAUUGGUGCGCCUAUAGUAUUAAGCGUUGUUGCAGAAGAGAUUCGCAGGUCAACGGACGAACCACCGGCUCAAGCGACUGUUGUAGAAGUCGGGUUGCUACUCGGCGAACCGGGGAACAGUCCGCCGUACUUCGAGAAUGAUAACUACGUUGCCUGGAUGGAUGAAAAUGCCGAGCCAGGGUCCGCGAUAGUCUUCAAUGAUCCUUAUUUUACUAGAGUUAGGGACGGAGACAUCGGCAAGGCCGGUGUUUUUGCUCUGAAGUUGGAAAAUAAUAAUGGGACUUUUGAAAUCAGUCCUGCUGUCGCUGAACGCUCGGCUAAUUUUAUUUUAACUGUACGGGAUAAUUCGCUUAUUGAUUAUGAAACAUACAAGAGCUUACGGUUUCAGAUAACAGCCCAAGAAGUCGGACCAGCAACAAAUUUAUCAACAACAGUACCAGUAACAAUUUUUCUCCGGGACAUAAAUGACAACCCCCCGGAAUUCCAAGAAGAAUCUUACGAAGUUACAUUAUCAGAAAAUGAAACCGCAGGUACGCGAGUGACUCAAGUCCAUGCGACAGACAAAGACACCGGGUCCUUCGGGAGGAUUCAGUACACGAGGAUAAUCGGGCCAGGCAGCGAAGCGUUUGUAAUAAACCCCGAUACGGGUGUGAUAACAGUAGCCAUGGGAACUUCAAUUUUAGACCGCGAAAUAACGCCCCAGCUGAUGCUGACCGUCGAGGCUUGCGAUGAAGACGGCAAAGGACUAAGAGGAACUGUUCCUUUUAUUGUUAAUCUCUUAGAUGUCAAUGACAACGCUCCUGUUUUCGAAAAAGACUCUUAUGAAUUUAUACUCAAUAGUGAUUUGACAAACUUUACUUCUUCAGCGAUAAUAAAAGCUUUUGAUGCUGACGCUGAGCCGCCAAAUAAUGUUGUAAAUUAUGAAAUAAUUCAUGGAAAUUAUGACAAAAAAUUUUAUCUAGACGAAAAUACGGGGGAAUUAUUUUUACGCGAACAAAUUACAAAAGUUAGAAAUGCUCGGCAUAAUUCUGACCAAAAAAUUUCUAUAAAUUACCGAAAAAAUUUGAUAAAAUCUCAAAAUAAUUUUAUAAAUUCAACAUUAAACCCCGAAAAUAUUUCAGAGAAAAAUGAAACGAUAGAUCAAAAACUUUUAAGAAAAAAACGUGAAGAUAAAAACAUUGUUUUUACUUUGACUGCUCGCGCUUAUGAUUUAGGCGUCCCGCAUUUAUCAAGUACAACCGAAAUAAAUAUUAUCCAGCUUCCUUUAGCCGGAGUUACGACAAUAAUGCUCUUAGUACCGGGAGAAAAUCCCGAUCGAGAAAAAACAAUAAAAACAUUAGAAACAAUCACUGGAGGGAAGAUUACAAUCAAAGAUAUUCGUCCUUAUACUCUAGAAAAUUUACCGAAGGAUUAUGGAAAUAAUUUGCCGACUCCUGACGGGAAAAAGAGUAUCGUAGUAGCGCAAGUGGAGCAAAAAAGUCCUGGAGGAUCUUUUGUGGACAUUGAAAAAAUUUUGGCAGCGCUCACUGCUAAUGGGUUUGGAAUUAUUGGGGGUGAUAUGACCCCUGGAAAUGGUACUAGUAAUCCUAAAGACAACGAGGGUGGGAAAAAUGGGAGUAUUACUACGAUUCAUAACGAAGAAGUAAUUGUUUACAGAGCCGAGAACAAAUUAUUAUUCUGGCUACUGAUAAUUUUAGGACUAAUCCUCUUAGCAGCGAUUAUAACUUUAAUAGUCUGCUGCAUAUGUCCCGGGUGUCUUUUGUACAUGGCGCCUCGAAAAAGGCGAAUUCACUCUUCCGAAACGCUUAUCGCCCGAGCAGACAACAGACCUAGGCGCCAUCUACAUCGUCAACAUCAUCACCCCCAAUUAGAAAGUGUUUGGGUGGAAAAGAAACAAGCAUGGAGUGCGGAUCCAGAUCGCCCAAACUGGCAGUUCAACCGUCGAAACACCAACAACUUCGGGAUAGCUUCCCUCCCGGGAGACGUGGUCCGCCUAGAUCGUGAUCGUGACCGACCUCUAAAAGCCAGUUCACUUCAAUUGCACGAUCCACCAGUGCCCGUUUAUUUAAUCGACGCCAACAGGGCAGGUGACGAGCGGAUUUUCGUAGAAGACAUUGCCAUUGAAGCCAGAGCCAAAGGUCACCACGAAUUGAAUGAAGCGGUUCUUCGUCACGAAUUCGAGCGAGAUUCCGAUCUAGCACGGCAAGCUUACAUGCCCCAAAUUCCCCGUGAGUCACACUUUUAUCGGAAUGGCAACGCAGAAGUUAUGAGACUUGUUUCUCGCGAGGACGCUAGUCACAUCACAGUAGAACGCCGAGUUCCUGAGAUAGUCAUUGAUCAGUCGACUCUUCACAGAGUCGACGGGAAGGAUAUCCUCCUCAGGAGGUUCAUUGAAGAUCAGAAAUUGAGGGAGCAUGAGUAUCAUGACAUGCAGGAGUUAGAAAGACAGAGCAUGGAGUCCCAUAAGAGGCAGAAGGAAGCUUCCAUGCAGCAGAAGCAGGAAAUUCUGCUGAUACCUGAACGGCUCAAUAUGUCAGAAGAUCACCGACAUAUUGAAGAAGUUGGUCCUGAUGUCCAGCGGCUGAUUAUUGACCAUGGGCCUGAUGUUAAAGAGAAUCAGGAGGUUCUGAGCAAUAUAUUGAUCCAUGGAUCAACGUCCAAAAUUUCUGACAAAGAGCAGUCGAAGCAGACGAACCUUCAACACCUUCAACACUCGAUUCAUGAUCUAGAAUUAGCUCGGCAAAACGCUCUGUUGACCAGGCUGCUUUUGGAGAAGGAUCGGGGGGUUGGAGGUCUGCUAGUUGACUCAGGAAGUUACUUAGAGACCCAAAGCUUGCCUGGACAAGUAGCCGCUGGUACUCAGACGAAUCAGACCACGGCGACUCAGACGGAACAAUUGAACCGCAGCAGAAGCGAUAAUGAGUCAGAGGAUGAUAGUAGAUUGAGGAGGAAGCGGUCGAAGAAGCGAUAUGAUGAGCCGAAGAGGAUCAGGACUUUGUGGAUGAGGUCCCCAAUUCGUGAAGAGGACCAAUAUCCUGAGAAACAUGGGACUUUUCUGAGGAAGAAGAUCAAGGAUAUCAAAGACGGGAGGAAGAGUUCUAUUGAGCAGGAAGUUCUGAGGGAGAUUUCUGAUUCUUUGGAUGAAACGGGAGAUAAGGAAAUUCUUCUGAGUAGGAGGCACUUUGAUAGUUCUUCAAGGGAUGAAAUGAUGGUUCGCCGUGAUGAUUCUUCGUCGAUGGAAGUUCUGAAGGAUGAGUUUACGAGGGUUAGGGAGUGUGAUAAAAGAGAGGAUGAUAAGAAGAAGAAAAGGGAGAAAGAGAGCAAGCGGGAGAAAAAGACGGAGCCGAGUUUUAGAAUCUUAGAGAGGGAAAUGAGCUCGUUGAGCAAAAAGCUAUCAAAAUUGGCGGGGAAAACGCUGAAGUGCAAAGAUAGCAAUCAGGAGACUGAUAAAUUUUUAACGACUGAUUCUCGGGACAAAGAGGCUGAUACGACGCCCACGGAGUUUAAAAGCGAUGAAAGAGGAAGGGAAAAAAUGGACAAGAUUGAAAUUAUCAAGUCGAGAUCUAGAUCUACUCAGAGAGUUACUAAGUCUACGUCAUUAAAAAUUCCUAAAGAUACUGAAAAAGUUGAGAAGAUUAAGAGUAAGUAUCGGAAGAACCAGGUUCUAAGUACUGCAAGUUCGGAAAUUGAAGAAGUUGUGGAUAAACCUAAGAAAACUGCCGCUAAGAAAUCUGAUAAGGAUAAAUUUAAGUUUUCCGUUGGGAAAACUAUAAAAACGAGGCUGAAACGACAAGCGAAUGUUGAAGAUGAUAAAAAAGCCAGUCCUUAUCGGGCUACAGUUGAAAAACAAAAGAAGACUUUGGUGAAGCAGUUGAAGAAAGUGGAUGUGAAGAAUAAAAAAGGGACUAGUGACUCUAGUCAGGGUAAAGAGAUUGGCAAAUCUACUGAAGGGAGCGAUUCCAAAGAGUCUGAUAGGGACAGCAAUAAGUUGAUAGGAAGUUCGAUGAAACAGUCCAGUUCCAGUGCUGUGUCCAAGGAAUCGAGGAAAGACACUAAGGAAAAAACUUCGAUGGUUGAACAGAAAAUGAAGUCUAAAGAGAAGUCUAGCUUAAUUCUUCCUUCGGGACGUGAAAGUGAUUUUAGGGGUCGAGGAACUAAAAGUACAGACAGUGAGUCGCUUAAAUCUGAUAAAUCGUUUCGGAAACAAAGUGCUGGAUCUUCGAAAAAGUCUAUUGUGAUAACCAGUCCUGAACUUGGGAGGUUUGAAGAUUUGGAAGAAGAGCAUGGUAAAAAUCAUGGUAAAGGUGUUGAAGAGGUUAAAAAUGUAGUUAAAAAGCAUGUUGAUGAUUUGAAGAAGGAAAUUGUUGAAAUAAAGGAAACUAUACAGACUGAAAUGAUGGAUAAGUCAGAAAAAGUAGAAGAACACAUUUUGGUAAAGACUUCUGUUGAAUCUCCUGCAAAAUUGAUUACUAAAGAAGAUGAUGCUCUUGAAAAAGAAGAAAAAGAUCGGAGUAAGGAAUCAGUUUUGUUGAUGUCAGAAAAAAUGAUGGAUAAGUCAGAAAAGGUUGAAAAAGGAGAAGAACACAUUUUGGUAAAGUCUUCUGUUGAAUCUCCUGCAAAAUUGGUUACUAAAGAAGAUACUGUUGGAAAAGAAGAAAAAGAUUGGAGUAAAGAAUCAGUUUUGUCGAUGGAAAAAGUGGUUGAAAAUACAAAAGAAAGGCUUGAACAUAUAGGAACUACGACUAUUAUCAAACAUGUGGAUAGUAUAAAGGAAACGGUUGAAAAAGUAGCUGAUAAAAUGAAUGUUGAUGUUAUUGAGAAAGUAAAAGCCUUUGUUGACUCUAAUAAAGCAUCCCCGGAACAUGAUUCACAAACAAAGGAAGUACUUAUUGAUCGUUCGGAAAGUAGUAAAGACGGAGGUUCGCCGAAAAAAAUAGAAGACAGUAAUAUAUCCAUUGAAGAAUUGGAAAAAAAUGAUGAGGAUAAAGCAAAAGUUGAAGAUAAGCUAUUAAAUGUUAAUGUUUUAGAAGAAACUGAUGGAAAACAAUUGGUUGAGAGUGAUAAGCAAGAACAGAGUAGCGAAGUUGAAAUAGUUAAAGACGAACAAGAAAAAAAAUCGGAUGAAAGUGAAGAAUUGAAAGAAUUAGGAAACUUGGAAUUAACUAAAGUUGAUCAAUCUAAGCAAGAGGACGAGCUGGCUUUGGAUAAAGUUGAAGAAAAACUAGACGAUGAAUUACAAAUCGAUAAUGAAGCUGUUGAAGAAGUAAAGACUGAAGAUUCGAGUAAUAUAACUUUGACGGUUCCUAAAAUAAUUAUGAUUACACCGACUAUUGAAUCUGAGGUUCCAAAAGAAGAUUUUAUUAAACCUGAUGAUUCAAUUGCAAAAGUUGUGAUUAAUGAUGUAGAUAAAAACAAUGAAGCUUCAAAUUUAGUUAAAGUACCGGAAAUAAGCGACCAAACUGCAAGUUCUGACAAAUUAUUGCAAGAAUCAAAGGAAAAGUUAGAAGCUAUGGCUCAAAAAGAUUCCAAAUCUGAAGAUUCGAGUGUCGAUGAUCAAAAAACUGAUACUUCAAGUGAAAGUAAAACUUUUCAAUUGCAAGUUGAAGAAUCUUUGUCACCUGUAGGCCAAAGCAGUCGUCGUUCUUCACAAGUGGUGAUUUCUCGAGAAACUUCAUUUUUAAACUCUCCUAAAAGGUUGUCUAUAGAUGAAGGAAAGGUGGAUGAUAAGCAAGAUCCCUCGCAAGAAGCAGAAACUCCAGUGGCUGAUAAACAGCCCGAGUUUCCUAGCCACGAUAAUACAUUACUGGCAAGUGAACAACCCCAAUCGAUUGAGGGUGCGACGGAACAGCUGGAAUCUAGCUUACCUUUUGAGGACAACGACAAGCAUGAACAUUCAGACUCGACAUUAGAUGCGUUAGACGAGGACAGUGAUGUGUCCAGCGAAUCUUCAACCAAAACGGCAUUUAUCGCCCGUCCAUAUGGCACUCCUCGUCAUCGGCGCUUGGUAAGAAUGGACCAGGUUGAUGGUGAUGAGAACCAGCUUCCUGAAAAGCUGAAGAAAAUAGAACCAACAGAGCUUGAUAAUGAAGAAAUAUUGGAAGUGUCUUUAGAGCAGAAUCAAAUGGUUGAUAGACCUGUUGGUGACGAUAAGCAAAAAGAAGACGGAAAUUCGGUGGAAAAAGUAGAAAAAGUUUCGGAAAAACUUGUAGAAGCUAAAGAAGAAGUUGUUAAUGAAUUGAAAGCUUCGGAAGGAAAUUUUGAUGGUAAAGAAGAGAUAGUUGAAGAGGUGGAGGAUUCUAAGGAUUCUAAGGGAGUUUCAAGUACUUUAGAAGCAAGUGGAAGUAAAUCCGUUGAAAGGCCAGAAGUUAAGCCUGAUGAAUUAAAACUGCAAGAGGAGCCAGAAAAGGUAGAACUAAAUUUAAAAAUUGACAAUGAAAAAUUAGAUGUUGAUUCCUCUUCUCUUACAGAUCAGCUGGGAUCGAUAAAAGACAGAGGAGAGGAUACUAGCAAAAGGUUGCUGGUGAAAGGAGAGAUGAAAAGUGAUGGGUUGAAAGUACUUAAUACGACUUUGGAAGAUGCAAAGCUGAAUCAAGUGAUAAAGCGGAAACCUGUGGCCAAAAAUCUGGAUGAUAAGGGAAAAACUCAAGUUUCUAAGCAGAAGGCUAAGAAUGUUGUUAAAAUAAUACCGCUUUCAAAGGGAUCGAAUGUUAAGUUGCCGCAGAAAGAGAAACUAAUAAGAAUUAAGGAUAAAGGUGAAUUGGUGAAGAUAGCUUCGAUGCCUGUAGAUAAGAAGAUCAGGAUUAAAGAUAGUAAACGGAUGUCUAAAAGUGAGGAAUUUAAAUCUCCGUUAGAGUCUAAGGAGAAACUGGUCGUUAAUCGAGUGAAGCGGCAGAAACGAUUGGAGCAUGACAAAACUGUCCAACCAGAAUUAUUAGAUGAUAAAAAGAGUAAUAAAGUUUUUAAUGAAAGUAAAGUGAAGGAGAAAAGUGAUGAUAAAGAGGUAGGGAAGAAUAAUAAAGAUAAAAUUGAGAAAGUAUUAAAGAAAGAAUUUUUGGGUGAAAAGGAGAAAAAUUCUUUAGUGAAAGAAGAAAUUAUUAGCUUAGAAAAAAGUGGUGAUAUUGAAAUGAAGCCUUUUGUUGAAGUUUCUGUUCAAAAGAAUGAAGAAAAUGUGACUCAGAGUGAAGAAAUUGAGAUGAAAAAUACAGAAAUUUUGAAAGAAGAGCGGGUUAUUGAUAAAAAUGGUAAGAAUGAUGGUGUUGAAGAAGAAAAAGUAGUUGUGGGAGAAGUAGACAAAGAAGUACAAGUUAAUGUAAUUGAUGAGCCAGUACGAGGUAUGAUUGAUGAUUUUUCUUCAAAAAUAGAUCAAGUUAUAAAAAAUGGAGAAGUUAUGACAACUAUAGAAGAGAAAAGAGAAGAAAUAUUAGCUGAAGCUUCAGAAAAGAGUGAAUUAACUUCUAAAGGGAUGAAAGAAGAAUCUAAAUUGCUUUCUCAUGAUCAAAAACAAAAAGAAGAAAUAUUCACUGAACCUUCAGAAAAGAGUGGAUUAACUUCUAAAGGGAUGAAAGAAGAAUCUAAAUUGCCUUGUCAUGAUCAAAAACAAAGAGACAGAUCUCUGAGUCCAAGCAAAGUGAGUAAAUACGCUAAAGAAGAUUACACGGAAGCGCAAUCGCGUUAUAUGGAGUGGUACAAGCAAAACCGCGAAGAAGCCGAGCGCCGGAAGCUGGAAAAAAAGGAGGGAGAGGAAGAAGAACAGCCGCCAAAAUGGCUGAGGAAAAGCACGCGCCAAAGGUGGCUCAAAAUGAGUCCAGAGGACAGGAAAUUCUUUGAAGUGAGGACUCCGGAGGUGACGCCGUUGACCCGUCGGAGGAUCAAGCCUCUGGUGAACAUAGAGUCGGAGCAACUGAAGGCGAUUGUUCGGCAGGGAAGAAAACUCCGCAGAGCUGAGGGGGAGAAGAAUCUUGACCCUCCAAUAGAGAUAUUUGUCCCCGAGAAACCUCCAAUUGUUCAGCAGCAGCAACAGCAGCAGCAACCAAAGUAUCAUUACCUUCUCCAGCAUUCGGAGUAUCAGUACCAACGUAUGCCGCCGCCAUUUUACCUUCACCCACCGCCAGUUCCUCAUCCGACGCCUCAGAUCUCGCCGCAGCGGUUUGAAGCUUGCCAGGAGGCAUUUUCCGCGAAUUUAGAGCCUCAUCUUCAUGAACCAGUGUCUGGAUCUUCUUUGCAAACUGGAACGAGGUUGCGACAUCAACAGCUUCUGGAGAAGAAAAGUGUGUUUGAUAUUGCUUACGACGAAGCAGCGCCUUCUCAUUUACGUGCCGACAGUACUACUCCGCCAUCGUAAUUAUUUUAUUUAAAUGAUUAUUAUGCUGAUGAAAAAAUUUAUUUGAUUCAAGAGA